AUGGAAAACACCGUUGAGUACGCACCUCUCGACUCGCUCGGUCGUCAAGAGUACGUGAGGAUGCCCACAGCCUUUCAUCCUCCGUUUAUUCUACCAAAUGGAGGUGUUCCUCAUCCGCGGACCUUGUUUCCACUUACUGUGGGCCUGAAUGCUAUCCCAUCCGUCCUUCGGUUCAUCAACUACACCAACCCGACUGAGCUUUUAAUUUACACCGAUGGAUCUUGUUUAGGCAAUGGCGGGCAAAAUCCUAAGGCCGGUUGCGCCUUCGUUUUCAAAGAUACCGAGCAAGGCCCCAACGACGCCCUAUCGUUCGGCUACGUACGCUUUCGGCUCGAAGAGGAAGGGCCCACCGGUGAGAAAAAUCGCCAGACUAGCAAUCGAGCAGAGCUGCGAGCCGUCAUUGCAGCUUUACAGUUUCGGGAAUGGGAGCGGGAAGGUUUCUCGAGUGUAGUUAUCGCGACAGAUUCUAGUCACGUCGCCGUGGGAAUGACAUCCUGGAUUCAAACCUGGUUGAUUGGGGGUUGGAAGACGUCGAACGGGCGACCAGUUAUCAAUCAAGACCUCUGGAUGUGCCUGAUCAGUGAGGUAAAGCGUUGUGAAGACGCUGGCCUGCAUGUUAAGUUCUGGCAGAUCCCAAGGGAUUGGAACGAUGAAGCGGAUUAUCAUGCUAGACAUGUGGCGGCGACACAAGGCGCGCCGGCGCAUUUUACUCGUAUCGUUGGCUCCCUUUGCUGA